AUGUCGAAAGAGGCUGGAAUUAUCGACUAUAUCUGCCGUUCCGCCUCACACGAGCUCGAGGUCAUCAGAACGUCUCCCUUAAUUCAAGAGAGACAGACUCACACGACACAGCUCUUCCGGACAGCUAAAAGGGGGUUUGCUUGUAUGGACAAGACAGACGGGAAUACAUACAGUUGGAACAGGUCAAUUGCUCGAAGACAAAGCGAGACAGAAGCGCAGAUGUACGAAAUCGCGAGGCAAAAGCAGGCAGACUCAAGACGGACGUUGGGAGAGAAAGACGAGUUGAGGUCGAAGUCGAAGUCGACGGAAAAGACGAGAGAAAAAUAG